CCGAUGUGCUCCCCUUGGAAAGGCCAUCAGCCCCUGCACUGCUGCCUGCCUGGGGCAUGCUCUGCAACUGCAUCAGAGGCUGCACGGGCUGCUGUGCUCCCUGAGGGACAUUUUGCUGCCAGAAGAGCAAUUUGCAACCAUUAUGGUUUUAUUUCAGAAAUUAUUUGUUUUCCCAUGACUGAAAAUAUUAAAUAUUAAUGGCUAGCUUAUGUGAGGUGAGUGGGGGGAGCACAGACUGGGUGGAAAAAAUGAUGGUGAAGCGCUAACCUGAUGUGAGUAGAACAACAGAGGGCACCAGAGACUCGACCAUCCCAUAAAGUAGGUGAUAAAUGAAGCACUUUUGGGGAACAAGAGUUCAUUGCUGUGUUUGAGCACUCCCGAGCUGCCGACAGCAGGCUCCCGGGCAGCUGUGCCUUGCAUGGAGCAGCACCCUGCACCGGCACCCUGCACCAGCACCCUCGGCCCCGACAGGCCUCUCCUGCCAGAACACCCACGUCUACACUGCAACCUUUCUGAGGACUAAACCCACCGUCAGCCCCACAAAAAGCAGAGACAGCCCAACAUGGCCAACUGCACCGACAACGAUGACAUUCUGCAGAACGGCACUGUGCUAUUUCAACUUAUCGUCUACACCCCAGUGUUCUCAUUGGGGGUCCCACUAAACAUGAUUGCCUUCUGGGUCUUCUGCUGCAAAUUCAAGAAGUGGACCAUGACCAGGGUGUACAUGAUCAACCUCAUGGUUGCAGACAGUUUCCUGCUCUUUGCCCUGCCUUUCCUGGUAUAUUUUAGCAUGUAUAAACAUCCCGUAGACAAUCUGUGUUUCACCAUACAGAACAUAUAUUUUACAAACAUGCCUAUGAGCAUCCUUAGCAUCACUCUGAUUGCAAUUGAUCGAUACAUUGCAAUCAAGUUCCCUCUAAAAUCAAAGAUGUUUCGAUCCCCACUGAAAUCGGCUUCUAUCUGUGGGUUUCUUUGGAUAAUACUGAUAAUUUAUUCCUGCUUACGUCCAAAAUUUAAUAAUAGCAAUGAAAGUGUCUGCCUUCAGAAACACUCUACUGAACCUAAUUAUUCAUUAUUAUUUUCCAUUAUCUUUUGGUAUUUUGUCCCCUCAGGGAUUGUGAUUUUUUGCUCAGUACAAGUUAUCACAUGUCUCAAAAAGAAGAUGGCCACGAGCACUCAUGAGACAAAAUUACUCCAGAAAGCAAUCCACAUUGUUUCUGUGAAUUUGUGUGUGUUCCUCGUAUGUUUUUCACCUUUCUACAUCACACUGCUCUUGCGGUUUGCAGUGGAUGUUGCUGGAGCUUGUUCUCUGCUCUCGGAAGUUAGAGCCUCUGUUCGGAUCUGUGCAUGCUUAGCAAAUACUAACUGCUGUUUGGACGCAUUUUGCUAUUACUUUGCAGCCAAGGAAUUCAAGGAAUUUUCUUCUCUGUUCCCCACUAAUAUAUCAAUGAGGUCCAAGGUGGACCAAAUCCAAGAGUCACAGCCACCCACAGACCAAGUCAUAACAUAGUGCAGUGCACCAUAGGUGUUAAGAGCCACAGUGCUGCUAAAGUUUUGAGGUAGAUGGAAUGGGACCACCUACAGUAUUUGCAAUCAUUGUAGGUAUAGGCAUACCUGCAAAAGGGAGUAUAGGCAUACCUGCAAAAUGGGGCAACCCCCUCCAAGGGGGCUGAUAUUAACUGGAAUUUUGUUCUUCUGUCCUCAGUGACUUGACUCCAGCUCUGACUAUUGUCUUGGAUUGUUGUAUUGCAGUUUCAGGCAUCUUCUGGUCAAGAGGGAGUGUCACAUGGUAUGGAGAAUAGAUUAUAAGGCCAUUGUCUCCACCACGCUCUGAUUUGUACAUAUCGUGCAGCUAAACAUAGGAAACUAAGCACCCUUACAGCAAUACACAAUACACUUCUAGUACUGUAAUAUAUAUGGUCACUUAAAACAAAGAAAAAGACCUUAUACUACAAUGCCAAACCUAAUACAUCUGUGCUGCUCACAUCAAAGAUUAUUUCAUGCUCUGGCAUUGCUGGUAUUUCACUGCAAGCAGAGCAAAAGUGCUGUAUGUGCACAUGACCAACUUAAUCAUUGCAUGCUGUCUGGCCCUCAUUCUGCCUUUUAAUGUCUCUUUUCAAAGACAGGAAAACAUAAAAGAGACAAACAGUGCCUGAUCUUAAACAUAUUCUAUUGCUUAAGGAGAUAUGUGAGUGUUAUCACCCUUGUAUGCUGCAAUUAACUAUCCUCAGAGAUCAAGAGGCUAAGUGACCCCAUUAGCCCAUUCUCCUUCAUGGUGUGCUGUGAAUCUUCAUGACAGUCAUUACUUACAUGUCCAGGGAAGUGGUCUUAACAUUACUUGCAUGUCCAGGUGGUCUUACACUACUUACAUGUCCAGGGAAGUGGUCUUCAGCAAGGAAAAAGACUUCUGUUUUCAGAAACAGCACAGAGGGCCUUCAAAAACACUUUUGGCUCUGGGAUCCCCUUCUGGGAUUUUGCAUCUUGUUGGUUAUAACGAAUGCCUGUUGCAAACAGAUUAUUAUGAAGAUUUUUAUUAUUUUGAAAGAAGAUGAAGAUUGUUUCAUAUCAACCUGUUAUCCUACUCUUAAUCCAGAAAGCAAACAACCUACCUUUUUGCAAACCCAGUCAUGUUCGUGUUUUCUCACUGUUAGUAUGGGGCACCUCAUCCAAUUUACAGUGGGCUCCAGUUAGGUCAUCUACUCCAAAAUACAAAACAGUAAUGCUUUUGAGCAUGUGACCUCAAGUAUAGGCCUCAUAGUACAGCAAAUACUAACUGCUGUUGAGAUGCCAUUUGCUACUGUUUUGCAACCAAAGAAUUUCAGAGCACUUUUCUCUUACCCAAGUCUAUAGUUUUUAAAUCAAGCCAGGAUCACAGACAAGGCACUCUAUUAAACUGAACAGCUGCCAUGGUUUCACCCCAGCCAGCAGCUAAGCACCAGAGCCGCUCGCUUACUCCCUGUCGGUGCCAAAACCAGUACAACAGCUGCGCUAAAGAAUUUAUAGUUGUCAUUCCUACUCAUACCAAGCUUACUGCAUAAAGAGCUGUAUGAAGUGAAUGUUUUUUCUUGUACGAAGCAAACUAAGGUCUCCUGCCAUUCAUAGUCUAAAUUUAAAAAAUAAAGUGUUUCUUUUUCUUAUUGUGCAGUAGAAACUGUUGACUUUACAAUCCCUGUCAUCACUAAGUAGUAUUACUUGUUGUUUGUACUGAAUGCUACAAAAACAAAAAAGGAAACAUUCUUUUGCAAGUGAAAAUAAUGCUCUCAUACUAAUAUAUCUAUAAAUA